AACCAAACAUAUGUUUCAAUUUAAUUAACUGACUGAUAGCAAUCAGCUGGUUCUUUCUUUGUUUCUGUAUAAUUUUCUACCUUCCUGGUUCAUUAACUGUAUAAUUAGUUUGAUUAUUUAUCUCAUCUUUUGAUUUCAAUUCUAUAAUUAUGUCAUUUUAAUUAAUUUUUCAGUCUAUUGUUCCCUAUCCACCUUCUCUCCAUUAUAUUCCCUUCCAGUUUUUGUCUCAAUUUAUUUUUUGUUUUGAUUCAGUUAGUUUUUGCAUUUGUCUUUGGCUGAAGAAAUGCAAAUUCCGCCAUUGUCCCCUGUAGCUACGCCAGGUGGAAGGGGACGCCUGGCCCGCUUCAUUUCCCGGGCCAAACGAUGUUUAAGUAGUUUCUUCUUGGGUCCUAACAGGGUAAAUUCCGUCGGACCUGCUCCGUACUCUACAGAUGAAACAUUUAUUAUGCGUUUUCCUAGAAAGGAAAAUCUCUUCAUAAACGAAAAAAUUACUUAUAAACGUCCCAUGGAAGAAGACGUGAAGGAGGAAGUGAAACCUGAGGCGGAAGAGGAAGUGAAAUCAGAGAAAGAAGAGAAGGUGCACACCGAGUGGGAUAAAGAUGCGAUGCGAUUGAAAAAAGAAAUGCUAGACCAGGUGAUACAAGGACUGAAGGAAGAGGGAGACCAGGUGAGACAACAGCUGAAUAUACUGGAAGAAGAGGUGAGGCAGGAGGUAGAACACCUUGAAGAUCAGGUGAUGCAGGAAGUGAAAACACAGGAAAAACUGCAGAGACCUAGAAUUAAUAAAUUGGCUGAGCAGGUGAAAUUGGAGCUGAAGGAUUUGGAUUGGUUAAUGAAGCAGAAGAAAGAGCUUGGGCAGGAAGAAGAUAAGUUGAGGAAGAAGAUACGAUUGUCAUUACAGGUGAUGAAGGAGCAAAAAGAACGAGUGACGCAUUAUGUGAGCGAAUUGGAAGAACAUUUGAUACUGAAAGAGCGGCGGAUGUACGGACUGAAGAUACAAGAGCAACAGCAACAGCAGAUAGCGAAGAUGAGGAAUCUGAAAGAUUUGGAUUUACCUCAGUUGAAGGAACUGGAAGAAAAAGUGAUGCAGAGGUUGAGUGAUUUGGACUGGCACGCGAAACAGAAGAUGGGAGUAGAGGAGGAAACGAGAACUGAAAAGCUGGUGAAAAUGAUGGAGAUUCCGAAGCUGGCGAAAAACAUAUAAGUCCUUGUGAGACAGAGAUGAAGACUUCACUAUUAAAACAAUAGAUAAAAUAAAAUUUUCUUCGUCAAUGAU